GUUAUACGUUCGUUGUUCCUCUGGUCUCGGCUUCUCUUCUCCUCUUUUGCUCGCUCACGAAGACCUGAGAUUGAAGAGGAGAUCAGAGAAGGGGGAAAAUGGUUCAGCGACUCACUUAUAGGAAAAGGCACAGCUAUGCCACCAAAUCUAAUCAGCACCGCAUCGUUAAAACCCCGGGCGGAAAAUUGGUGUAUCAGACCACCAAGAAGAGAGCAAGUGGGCCUAAGUGUCCUGUCACUGGCAAGCGAAUUCAAGGGAUCCCUCACCUGAGACCUGCCGAGUACAAGAGAUCUAGAUUGUCCAGGAACCGGCGCACUGUCAAUCGUGCCUAUGGUGGCGUAUUGUCUGGAAGUGCUGUCAGGGAAAGAAUUAUCCGAGCCUUCUUGGUGGAAGAGCAAAAGAUAGUAAAGAAGGUGUUGAAGAUUCAAAAGGCAAAGGAAAAGCAAGCGUCAAGGAGCUAAAAUGAGAGGCAGAUACAGCGAAAUCCUGGAAGUUAGAAGAUACGCUACAUAGAAAUUUUGGGGCAAUUGAUGAGAAUGAGAUGUGGAAUUUGAAUUUGGAGAUUGUUAAUUUUAUCUUGUUUGGAUACCUGAUUGCCAGCUAGUUGUUUUAUGUGAUAAUUUGUGCUUUUGAUCGCUUGGAAUAUCCCAUCGUGUGUUAAUGUACUGAAAAUUUUAAUGCUGCUUUGAAUUUGCUUUUGUAA